CCAUCACUAGAUAAAUAUUAAGUAUUUUCCAUCUUCAUGACAGCAUUACUAGAUAAUUGCACCACGCAAAACCUGUUUUUUUCAUGAGAGUUGACUUCAACAUUUAUUUCAUAGUUUUGUACCUUGAACACACUCUGCACAGUUCACAUUUGUAAUGUGCGAGGAUUUUAUUUUUGAAACAUCCAAAACUUCUAAAGUUGGACACCCUGUAUUGUGUGCUAGCAAUUUCUACAGUUGCUUCAUUAUAGACCAAUAAGAAGCUCAGGAAGCUGUGGGAGGAGAUAGAUAAUGAAUUUUAUCUUGUUGCUUAAGGGUAGAGCGAUCUUUUUCACUGUGUAAAGGAAAUACAGUGGAGAUUUUUAUUUGUUGUAUUUUUUUCCGCACCGUGGUUUAAAAUAAAAGAGAAAAAUGAAGGUGUACAAAAUUAUACUUCCUCUUCUACUACUGCUCUCAGGGUUUAAUGAUAAAUCUAAGAAUGUGUGUAUCAAAGUUGCUGCGCAGACAACAGAUGCAGUGAACCAGACAGAACAGAAUGCUUCAGCAACAUCAACUAGAGCUGAGAAGAUUAACAUCACAGAGACAACCACGGAGCACGCAUUGCCCUCACAGUCAAGCACAUUACCAAAGUACAGCCCAUUUUCAAUUCCUACAGAACUAGAGUUCCCAGAAAAUCACACUGAACACAGGCAUGUGAACAUGAUCGCUGAACCCACACAAGUACCUGAGAUGACUAGCAGACAUGAAAUCAGGAUGACCAGGGAAACUCUAGGACCCAUCAGGACAGACACACCCACUGCAGAACCCCCAGAGGCAAGACAACACUCUAAUCUAGUGAUGAUACUCAUCAUUGUCUUUGUAAUCCUUCUUCUUGCUCUCACGUUCUGUCUUUGUUACAUCUGGAUGAAGCUAAAGAAAGAUCAAUUUAACCUCAAAAGAGGAGAUACAAGCAGAGACGAUUCAAGCAUUCCGUUAAAAACUAUUGAAAUGCCAGCCUCAAAAUCAGAUGGAGAAAUGAAAUGAAAUUCCUCUCAGUUCAGAGCAAUUUAAUACCUCCUACAAAAAGAAUGAAUAUGACUGAAUCUUCCGGGAAAUCUGCUUAAUCAGAGAAAAUGGCACACUCAGUUGUGUAAACUCCUUUAACAGGACAUUUUGUGAAUCAAUAAAGCUAGACGCAAUAAUUAACAGAGGUUAAUUGUUGCUGGCUACUAUUAAUCUUCCCUUAUCCAUUUCCUUCUGUUCCUACUCCACUGUGACAUUGUUAAAAAGCCAAGUCCCCUAAUAUAGGGAUGUCUUCAAAAGGAAAUUACUGUGUUGUAGCUUGGCUGAGAAUUUACAGCCCACUAGUUACUCUGUACAAAAUCCCCGUAUAGACACCAUACAUCUUAGCAAUGCAGGAAGCUACCUUGCACAUAAACUACAGUAGGUUCACAUGAAGAGGUAAAGCAGAAUCGCUAUUACAUUGUAAAUUCAUAUCCUAGUUUACUGUGCCAAGAAGCAGUGUAAUUUAGUUUCUGCAGCACUUCAUGUUAUCACAACUAGAUGCAUCUGGGACCUGAGUUAUCUCUAAAAGCUCUAGCUUGUACAUCUGGCCUACACUGCAGUCCACAAUGUAAAGGUACCCUAAUAACAUCCAUGUGUAGGCACAUGUACUGUUUUCCAAUAGCUGAACCACAACACUGAAGCACAGGCUGGAAUCAAUAUGGACUUGUAUCAUUGUCCGCAGGAAUGGUGGAGGCACAGUGUCUCUCCCAGGUCCCCAGCAUGCAAGGCUAUUAUGUCUCUUCCUUUUCUUUGUCCCUCUCCCCUUCCUUUGAGGUGGCUUGCAGCACUGCACAUAACCAGAAGGAAAGUGUUAUAGAUGAUGCAGCACUUGUGCUAUCCUGAGUGUAGAGACUAGGAUAUUCCCGCUUCUACAGGGCACAACUAGAUAGGCCCCUAUGGCGCCAUUGUUGCCGUGCCAUUAUUUAGUACUUUCUUCUGGAAAUACUAAAUGACAGUGCAGUAACAGCCUGUACUGCGUCGUGCUGGUGGC